AUGAAGGGCCCUCGUUCUCGUCCUGCCGACUCGCGGGCCGUCCCUUCAGACAAUAAGGACCAAAGGUCGGUUGUAGAGGCGCCCACCUCGCUGGCGCCGCCGCCUCGCCCUGCUGGUACCACCGCCAGCGAUACCCCUGACUACUUCAAUUCCGUCCAUAACCCCUUCUCACUCGAGCCCAACCCCUUCGAGCAGUCUUUCGGUACCGGGAACUCAGGCGAGACCCCCGGAAAAUCGCUCCUGCCGCCCGUCGCGUCCCUCACCUCUCCUGCCCUGCCUGGGCCGUCCUCCGCUGGCGGCUACAACUGGUCCAACUCCCUGCGCUCAGGGCCUCUCAGCCCGGCAAUGCUUCCUGGCCCAACCGGAUCUAAUGAGUAUUUCGACAGCAUUGGUCGAGGCUUCCCGACCCCGAACGAGUCCUCGCUCCGUACCGGCCUGACCCCGGGUGGUGGUGGCUCCAUGUUCCCGGCUCCGAGCCCGAACUCUCAAGCUUUGCUGCAACAACUCCAAAGCGGCGGUGCCACCCCGUCCACCAUCGAAUUUCACCGCACCGCUCUGGCCGCCAAGAAGAACAGUGGGAGCGGUCCUACCUCGAAUGCGACCGAACAAGUACAGAACGCGCCCAACACAACCAUGGAUGCAAAGGUCCAGCACACGGCUGCUGACUUCACUCAACACGACGCCACCGAUGCCGCCAACGGUCUGUUCAUGCUGGCCAAGGGUGGUCAGGCGAACAAUAUGCAGAUGAACCAGGCCGCGGCCAUGCAGAACGAAUCCCGCGCGGCGGCUGCGCGGCGCGUGUCGCAAAAUACGAACGGCACCAGUGGCCGUGAGAUGAGCGGUGAUGGAUCAGAGCAGGAGCUCUCGAAGCCCGCUGCCAAGGGUAAAGGCAAGAAGAAUGCGCCCAAAGCCAAUGCUGCUGCCAACAACCGACGCAAGGCGGAUGAUGCUGGCAAGGGUUCCAAUAAGAAGAUGAAGACGAUGGAGUCGCCGUCGGAUGAUUCGGAUGAUGAAGAGUUGAGGAACGCCAACCUCGACCCGAAGAAGAUGACCGACGAGGAGAAGCGACGCAACUUCCUGGAGCGGAAUCGUGUCGCGGCUCUGAAGUGUCGUCAACGGAAGAAGCAAUGGCUUGCCAACCUUCAGGCCAAGGUCGAGCUCUUCACGACGGAAAAUGAUGCGCUAACCGCCACAGUGACCCAGCUCCGCGAGGAGAUUGUCAACCUUAAGACGCUCCUGCUGGCUCACAAGGACUGUCCCGUCUCCCAAGCCCAAGGCCUAGGCCCUCUCAUGAUGAAUGGCAUGUCUACUGGAUUCGACCCUCACGGCUACGGCAUGGGUCAGAUGGGUAUGCCGCCAGGUGCGCCGAUCCCUACCCAGGGCAUGCGCCGGGCGUGA